AUGGACGACUUCUUCGACUGGUUUCAGGCCAACGGCGGCACUGUCGAUCGCCGUGUACUGGGCAUCACUGAGUUCCCUGGAAGUGGUCGCGGCGCCGUCGCACUCUCUGAUAUCCCCGCCGAUCACACUCUCUUUACCCUUCCACGCUCGCUGACUCUCUCUACUCGUACAUCCCCCCUCCCACUCCUAUUUGGCAUCGACAAAUGGCGUGCUCAUAAAUUACACAAAAACUGGGUCGGCUUGAUCCUCUGCAUGAUGUGGGAGGAUGCUCGUGCGCAUGAAGACGUGCCGUGCAUACCUGGAGCCGCCAAAUGGUCCCCUUACAUGCGCACUCUCCCCAUGACCUUUCAUACACCUAUGUUUUGGAGUGAAGACGACCUCCAAGAAUUGAAGGGGACAGCUGUGGUAGACAAAAUAGGCCGGGAGGAUGCCGAGCGUGCAUAUCACGAGACCCUUCUCCCUGCUGUUGAAUCGGCUCCUUCGCUCUUUCCACCGUCUCACCUCUCUCCAUGGUAUACCCUUGAUGCCUACCAUCGCGCCGGGAGCCGCAUCCUUUCGAGGAGUUUCACCAUCAGCAAAUGGACAAACGAUGACGAUCCGGAUGAACAAAACCUCGGCGGCGGGGAUGUUAACGAUCAUGAGUCCGAGAGGGAGCCUGAGGGCCCCAUCUCUGACGAUAUGGACAAUCGUGCUAACACUUCUCUUGGAAGUGCGAUGGAUGUCGACGAACCAGUCACAGGUAGCGAGGGCAACCUUCACCUAGACGAUCAUGACGACACCGAUGACGACGAAGACGACCCUUCAGACGUUGCGAUGGUGCCAAUGGCAGAUUUGCUGAACGCAAGGUGGCGAAGUGAAAACGCAAAACUUUUCUACGAGCCUCACAUGCUCCGAAUGGCAACGACGAAACCCGUCAAAAGGGGAGAACAAAUCUUUAAUACUUAUGGGGACCUGCCCAAUUCGAACCUGUUACGACGGUAUGGUUAUGUUGAUCUCGUCCCCCUGAACGUAGACACCGAGAAGAGGGCGGCUUCGACUCCAGUGGGUAAUCUUUCCCCGGAAGUUGAAGUUACCGUAAAUGUGCUUGGCAACCCUUCGGAUGUCGUAGAGAUUAAGGCGGAUUUGGUCGUUGACGUCGCCUGUUUGCAGUGGGCGACAAAGGAACAGGGAGAAAAGGAUACAACGGACCGGAUUGAGUGGUGGUUGGACGAGGGGGGUGAUGAUUCGUUCGUUCUUUCCUACCAGGGUUGCUUCAACUCGUGUUCGUCAGCACCUUACCAGUUCCCUCGUGAACUUACGGCUUUCAUUGCUCUCCUUCUGCCGAGUGCCGACUUUGCUGCCAUCCGUACCAAAGGAAAGCCGCCGAAGGGUAAACAUUCUGACCCCAAAGUACUGAGCGUGCUCGCGGAGGUGCUGAAGAGGAAGGAAGGGAUGUAUGCAGGGGGGAGUGACGACGAGCAACUCCUCACCUCGGCUUCUCUCACUACAAACAAAAGACACGCCAUUAUUGUUCGGCUGGGUGAAAAGCGGAUUUUGCGUGCUGCACGGGAGAGUGCAGUAAACAUCCUUCAUGCGCUGCUCGAUCAAGCGAGAAUCGAAGACCCUGCCAAGACCAGUGAUAAUCCGAAAGGAAGAAAGAAAGAAAGCGGCAAAGACCGGCCAAGUAGAAAACGCGACUGCGCUGGUCCAAGUACUGGUUCAGGACGUUCCCAAAAAAGAGCACGGCAGUGA